GAAAGUGAUCGACGGAUCCGAGGAACAGUUCGCGGUGAAGGUUACCGACCUGAGGGGACAGAAGGAUCAGGGCUCCAGGAGCGCGUGGCACGGCAGGAGGCCCGGAUUCUCCGGGUGCUCGGCGACUGCGAGCACUGCUGCAGGCUCGUGGACUUCACGUGCUGCCGCCGGUUUCACUACAUCGUGCUGGAGAGGUGCAGCAUGCCGCUCAUGGCGGUGCUCGAGGGCAUGUCCGAGCUCACCGAGCUCAGCCUCGCAGGGUUUGCGAGCCAGAUGCUCAAGGCCGUGGCUUGCGUGCACACCCACAGCGUUGUGCACCGGGACGUGAAGCACGGUUGCGGAUUUCCUCUGCUCCGGGCCCGAGAACACGGUGAAGCUCUGUGA